AUUUGGACAUCGUUUUAUUUUAUAUCUCUCUCAGUUGGUUAUUGUACGAGAGUUUGUGUGUGAAGCAAAAUAUGCGAUGGGCAUAGACCAAAAGAAGAAGCUCAAGAAUCUCAUAGACGCUCUCAAAGACAAGGCCUCCAUAAUCAAAGCCACCUUCUCCACUCAUCGCCGUUCCUCUUCCAUAAAACUCGCCGUCGUCCGCGCCACCACUCACGACCCCUCAAACCCCCCUUCCGACCGCCGCCUCGCCGCCGUAUUAGCCCUUGGGAAUGACUUUGGCCGGUCCACUGCAAUCGCCUGCAUCCAAACCAUCAUGGACCGUCUCCACACCACCUCCAGCGCCGUCGUCGCCAUGAAAUCGCUUUUCACUCUGCAUAUUGUCGUAAUCCGAGGUCCGUUCGAUCUCAGGGAUCAGGUGGUCUUCUGCCCCUAUUACGGAGGGCGGAAUUUUCUCAACUUGUCCGCGUUUCGCGACGUAUCGGACUCGGAGAUGAGCGACUUGUCGUCUUGGGUGAGAUGGUACGCGGGCGUCGUGGAGCAUAACGUUAUCGUCCGGAGGAGAUUGGAUCGGAUUUUGUACUUACGGUCAGGAAAUUGCAAAAUCGAAGAUAAACAGGGCAAGAUUUCGGAACUUGAUUUGUGGGGCGAAUUGGAUGUUCUUGUGGGUUUUGUUGAGGGAAUUUGCGAAUUUCCGGAUUCGUUGCAUCUUCAGAAGAACGAAAUGGUUUACGAGGUGGUGAGAUUGGUGCUGGAGAAUUACAGAUUGGUUCAGAGGGAGAUUUCUGUCCGAGUCAGGGGAAUCGGAGACAGAGCGGAUAGUUUGAGUCUGGACGAGUUGACUCAAUUGGUGGUCAUCUUGACGCGGUUCGAAAAUUGUAGAAGAAAACUGACGGUGCUGUUUGUGAACAGGGCGAAGAACGAGGAUUUGUGGGAAUUGGUAAAGAAUACGAAGGCAAAACUGGUGGAGCAGAAGCAGAUGAAAGAGGAGAAGAGGAUGAUCAUGGUGGAGAUCAGAGCGGAAUCGGUCGAGUUGACUCGGUUAUGGAACCCGUUUGUUGAACCGGGUCAGUUGCUGUGGGUCCCAUCGGGUGACGAACCUUUGGGCCCGGCCCUGCUUCCACUGACCGUUUCAACGGUAGGAUAGUUCCGAGCUUUUGUCUGUUUGAAACGAAAUUCUUCGAAAGAAAAUUUAAAAAAUGUGAAAAAAGUUAAAUGGGGGUUUUAAUUUUUUUUUUCUUUUUUCUCUCUCUCUUUCAUUGGGUUUAGGGUUGCACUGUUUGUAAAGUGGAUUUUCAGAGUUGCUUUUUGAUUGGAUUGCUUUGUUUUUACAAAGUUUUGCCAUAAUUGAAAUGUGAGUUCUGUA